UACAUUCUUCUUCCGGAGGCAGGUGUCAUAGCUCGAAACCGUCGUCUAGUUUGACGCACCACAACUUCCUCCUACCUCUUCUGUUCAUAAAUUGCUCUCAUUCUUCGCAAUUUCUCAACUUUUCACCCUAAUUCAAGGGCUCGUUUCAAUCCCUCAAAUUUUUCUGCCUUCAUCGUCUUCUCUCUGUUGAUCUUGAUGGGUUUCUUGAUUUCUCUUAUUCAUUAACGGAAUCCCAUUAAGCAUAAUCUACGUCCUGUGAAACCCAGUUGAUUCAUGGUGUUUCAUUCAGUACCCAAAUCCGAAAUACCUCCUCCUCCGCCUUCUCCUCCUCCACCGCCGUCCAUCUGCCAAUCGCCGUCCAUGGCUUCGACGUUCUCUCCUGCAAAGACUCACCAGCCGCUUCACAAUUUUCCUCUCAACUUGAAGUGGUCGAUGAAUCAGUCCAAUUCCCAGCGCUUUCGCAGGCCUCUUGGUCCCACUCAUCUGUCGCCUUCGCGUCAUUCUGAUCAGGAUCAGCAUCGCUCUGCUCGAAAGAAUGACAACAGGCUCAUCAAGUUGUCCUACCGGCCUCCAAACUCUUCUGGAUCGGGCAAUUCUGCUCACGAUGAUUUGAAGACUGUAUCUGCUAGCGAGAUUCGAGCUUUGAAUUCGGUUGAAAGUUCGGACAAGAAGCUGAAACUGAAAAAGGAGGAGAAACUGAAGGGAUCGCAUUUCCAUCAAACUGUACUUACCCGAGCACCGGCGAGGAGCAAGGCUGAUACUGAUGCCGAGGAUGAUACCGAAUGGGCGGAUGACGAUGAAGAACCUGUGGCGAAGACUUGGAAUCUGAGGCCGAGACGGGCAGUGACAAAGCCUCCAAAUGCCAAUGGAGCGCCGUUGCAGGAGAAUAAACCCUUGCCGCCUGCUCAAACUCAACCGGAAUCGAUUGUCACUGAGCAGAAAGCUGCAAAGAAGAAGCGCAAACUUUCAGUGUCUCUUUCAAAGGAAGAAAUUGAGGAGGAUUUCUUGAUCUGGACUGGGUCGAAGGCCCCCAGGCGGCCAAAGAAGAGAGCUAGGGUUGUGCAGAGACUGCUUGAUGGUCUUUUUCCGGGCUUGUGGUUAACAUCGGUGACUCCUGACAUGUAUCGAGUUCCUGAUGCUCCUCUCAAGGGUUAGACUUUCCAGUUGCCGGUUCUAGCCUUCUUGGACAUUGGCUGUUCUUUGGGUUUCUGACUUCUUCUGACUGUGGAACAUUUUUUUUGCUGUCAGCAGAAGGUAUAAAAUACCAUAUACCAACAGAUCAUAUGAAGAUGGAUAACAAAUGUAUCUGGUUUUUGGGCCUCGUCUGACUGAGGCAUCCAAUAAAUGUUCGAAUAGUGAUAACAGGGAAGGGUUAUGUGUAGUCACAGAUGUACAUGAGUUAUUUUGUUCAGUUUCUUUUUAGAGAAGAAUUGUGGCAAUAUCAGUUUUAUUUAUUUAUUUUUUUCCCCUA